CGACCGGAAGGCCCGCCUCCGCCCUGGGCCUCCCGGGUGGAAGCCCUCCCGGAGCUGCACAAUGCGCGCGGACCAGGCCUCGUCUUGGUACCGGAGGAUGUCCGUCGUCUACGCGGUGGGCGCCUGGACCAUGCUGGGCUCCUUGUUUUAUUUAGGCCGGAAAAAGAGCAAGCCACCAGCUGAUGAAAUAGAGCAAAAGGAUGUCUCAAGAAAUGAAAUGCUCGAGCCCCCGAAAGGGUUUUACAUGGAAACAAUUGUCACAUAUAAAGAAGAUUUUGUUCCAGUCACUGACAGGAUCCUCAACUUUUUAAAAUCAUGGACUGGUGGCCCUGGACGAGAGUCAUGAUUAACUGCUGAAUGCUGAAAACUGGGACUUUGGUUCAGCAUAUAGAUUUCAUGGAUGCCUUCAUUUCCAAUUUAUGUUUAUGAAAAGUGUAUCCACUUAAUUUAGUUUUGCUGUAAAAUAGAAUCACUUGUAAUAUGCAGUAAAUAUUUCCUUGAAGAAAAGUAAA